GAUGUGCUUUCUAUAUUUGAUAGAAAUACACGAAAUAUUUGAAAGAAAAUCGACAUAAUUAACUUUUUAACUAUAACAAAUCGAAAAAGUGUCGAAAUAUAAUUAAAAGUUGUUAAUUUUAUCGUUUUUUUUUCGUUGAUAAUUCGAAGGUCGCGCGACCAAUCUGAAACGCCGCAUACCGCAAACACUUUGCGCACAAGUUUAAGUUUACAUACAGUUUUCGGCGAAAAGAACACGAUUUUUCCCUGUCGCAGUCGCGAAAACACACUGGGCGUUGCGUGUUUGUGAGGUUAUAUCCUCGCCAGUGGGUUUGGCGUUUUAUUUUUAUUUUUAUACAUUAACUAUCCUCUUAUUUAUUAAAUUAAUCGCGCCAUAAUGGGCCUAGAAACUAACGGAUCUACACUAACCCAGAACGGAAAUGGAUACAUCAAAACGAAAUGCCAAAACUCAGGACUGAAUCGAUUCAAACGAAUAGAUAAGAUGAACGGCGUCAUAAAUGGCAAACUCAAUUCCAAAACUUCUAAUGAAACACACAAACCCAGUACAAAAGUACUGAAAGAAUCUUUUGAACCACCGACUUUAAUCACCGCAAUUCUGACCCAGAUAAGUUUUUACAUUCUUAUGCUGUUAGGAUUUUUAAGUCAGUUGCUACGGCCACCGAAAGUGGUUAAAGAGAAGGGUCGAGCUGGGUAUCCACCCUUAUACGACAGAUUUUCUGCCUUCUAUUUGAGAUAUGUAUAUAGGAGAGUGAAAGAUUGUUGGAAUCACCCGAUAUGUAGUGUUCCGGGCAGCGAAGUAGUUCUCAAAGACAGAAUAACCAGGGAUAAUGGAUGGACUUUUGAGAUGACAGGAACUGAAACAAAAUGUGUUAACCUAGCUUCUUAUAACUAUUUGGGCUUUGCUGAAGCCUCGGGCCCCUGUGCCGAGGCGGCUAUCAAGUCAAUCUACGAUUAUGGAAUAAGCACGGGUGGCACAAGGCUUCAGUACGGUACUUGCCCACUGCACAAUGAACUGGAAGAACUAUUAGCUGAGUAUUUGGGCGUGGACGAUGCUAUAACCUGUGGCAUGGGCUAUGCAACUAACGCUUUGAACAUUCCUACAUUGGUUGAACCCGGGUGCCUUGUGAUCAGUGAUGAAAAGAACCAUGCCAGUUUGAUUUGGGGCAUCAGAUUACCGGGGGCGACAGUGAGGGUGUUUAAACAUAAUGAUGUGAAUCAUCUGGAGGAACUCCUGAAAGAGGCCAUCUAUUUUGGCCAACCGAACCAACCAAAAGGUGCCUUCAAACCGUGGAAAAAAAUUGUGAUAGUUGUUGAAGGAAUCUACAGUAUGGAAGGUACCAUUGUGAGAUUACCUGAAAUUAUUGUCUUGAAGAAAAAGUACAAAGCUUACCUGUAUUUGGACGAGGCCCAUAGUAUAGGUGCGAUGGGUAAACAUGGUAAAGGAAUCGUCGACUAUUUCGGCUUAAAUCCCAAAGACAUUGAUAUUCUCAUGGGAACCUUCACCAAAAGCUUUGGCAGCGCCGGAGGGUAUAUAGCGGGAUCAAAAAAACUAAUAUCGUACCUGAGAGAAAACAGUUUUGCAUCUUCUCAUGCCUGGGCCAUGUCGCCUCCUCUAGCGGCGCAAAUCAUAAGCGUUUUGAAGAUACUCAUGGGAAAAGACGGCACCAACGAAGGCCAGAGGAGGAUAGAGACUUUGGCAAGGAAUACCAGAUAUUUUCGAAUGAGGUUGGAACAAAUAGGAGUUAUCAUCCAUGGAAAUGAUGAUUCCCCUGUGGUACCUAUUUUAGUUUACUUCUACUCGAAAAUUGGGGCUAUGGUUAGGACGCUGAUCAAGGAAAAGAUCGCUACUGUAGGCGUAGGUUAUCCAGCUACACCGCUGUUUCAAGGCCGAAUAAGGAUUUGUUUGUCGGCCGGACAUACCAAAGAACAACUGGAUUAUACUCUAAAAAUCAUAGAGAAGGUAGCUGACGAGAUAGGGCUGAAAUAUUCGAGGAAACCUCGCGAUCUCACACCAAUAAACUAUGACGAAAUCAAAGUCUAUCAGGAUUUAUAGACGAAUACACUUGAUGCAGCCUAAAAGCUUUACUUAUUUUAAUUAUUGUUCUUAAGUUUUGUUACAUUUAGUAAGAUAUAUUACGAGAGUUGUUAAAAAAAGAGCCUUGUUUAUUUGGCUUCUAGUGAAAUGGUUUAACAAAAUAUAUAAAACAAUUCAAAAGGUUUUCCUCCAGUAUAACAAUAUAGAGGUUAGUAAACUUGAGUACUGUUUGAGAACCACUGGAAAUUAAAAUUUUCCGGAUAUAUCAGAGGUUCCCAAACUUUUUUCAAAUUUGUUUGAGAUCCACGGGUAAAUCUAGAUUAAAGAUAUUUUUUGGCGCUAUUUUUAAUUAUAUUAAAAGGUACAUUUAGGACUAAUACCACAGAUUAUAUUUUAUUACUUCUACUAGACGAUACUAAGAUAGUGUGUUGUUAAAAAAGAAGCCUUUAUUAUAUGAUUUCUAGUAAAACAGUUUAUAAAGAAGAUAUAAAAAUCAAUAGUUUUCUGUUCAAUAUAAUAUAGAGAGGAUCAUACAUUUUUCGUGUGCCUUUUCUAGUUUUUCCAGAUGUAUCAGUGUUUCUCAUACUUUGUUGGACUGUUUAGUAGGUACCACUGUUUUUUCUAACGAUCUGGUCAUCAAAUAAACUGCGUGGUCUGGAUUUUAACGUUUGAGACAGUGACGUAGACAGCUUCAAGAAAAAUCAAAUGUAUUAAAGAGAUAAAAGUUAAGAAAUAAGCAUUAUUGAAUAGCUUAGGUAUAUUACCUUCGUUUACUAUUUUAUUUCUCAUACGAACCGGCAACACUGUAUGCCGCUUUUUAUUUUGUCUCUCUGUCUGUCAACAGGUCGCAUAUAUUUAUCUCUGUCGUAUGGAUUAAAGUACAGAUCACGGAAAUAAAGUGACCAGGGCUAGUAUUGUUUUAAAAGAUCAGUGCUUUGGGACUGAUACCUCAAGUAUACGUUUUUUAUUUCUAGUAAAAGAUACUACGAAAUUUGUUAUUCAAAAAAAAA